AUGGACACCGGCGAGCCGGCGGCGGGAGGGGAGAAGCGGGCGGCGCUGCUGCGACAGAUCACCGAGGAGGGGGGCUUCGCCUUCGUGGCCUCCGCGGAGAAGGCAGCUGCGGGGGACCUGCGCGCGGCGGAGGCGGCACGGGAGAUGGCCUGGGAGCAGCUGCACUCGGGGCCGUGGAGAGGGGUCGAACCCGCGUGGCGGGACGCCUACGCGCUCGCCUGCCUCCAGGUGGCCAGCAUCCGGGCCGGCGACGACCGCCGCGCAGCGCUCAGGGCGCUCGACAUGGGCCUCAUCAUGGGCGGCGACCUGCUCCGCGCGGAGCUCGAGGCUGCCAUCGCGCGGGUCCCGGCUUACAGAAACGGCGAUAGCAAUGGCGACGGCAAUGGCAUAGAUUCGGAGAGGUGGAUGGAAGGGCUCAGUAGGAACAGAGACAUCGCCGAUGUGUUCAAAGUUCUGCCAGUGAAAUCCUUAUCGUGUAAGCAAAUUGAGAGGCGGACAUGCAUUUCUUUGGAGGCAUUUAUACAUGAUUACUUUUUACGUGAGUCCCCUGUUAUACUCAGAGGCUGCAUUGAUCAUUGGCCUGCGAGGACAAAAUGGAAGGACAUAAAAUACCUAGAGAGGAUAGCCGGAGAUCGCACUGUUCCUGCUGAGGUUGGGAAAAAUUAUGUUUGUAAUGAGUGGAGACAGGACCUUAUCACAUUUUCUCAGUUUCUUGAGAGGAUGUGGUUACCUGAUUGUUCUGCAAACUUAACUUAUUUAGCUCAGCAUCCAUUGUUUGACCAGAUCAAAGAGCUUCGUGAAGACAUAGUGGUUCCUGAUUACUGUUCUGCUGGUGAAGGUGAACUCCAAGCGCUCAAUGCUUGGUUUGGACCUGAUGGGACUGUAACACCAUUGCAUCAUGACCCACAUCACAACCUUUUCGCUCAGGUCUUGGGCAGGAAGUAUAUUAGACUCUAUAGUGCUUCCAUCUCUGAGGAUUUGUACCCUCACAUGGAGACUAUGCUAAGCAAUAUGAGUCAGGUUGAUCUUGACAACAUUGAUGUAAAUGAGUUCCCGAGGAUGGAAGGUCUUGAAUUCAUGGACUGCAUACUGGAGGAAGGUGACCUGCUUUACAUUCCACCAAAAUGGUGGCAUUACGUGAGAUCUCUUUCUAUCAGUUUCUCUGUUAGCUUUUGGUGGCACACGCCAAUUCUUCCUUCAGAGGGUUCGUAAUGUUAUUGUUUGGACCAUUCAUGAUGUUUCUAUCAUCAGGUGGUAGGAACUUUUUGUGAAAAAAAUAAUCAAGCCCAUGUUUCAUGAUCCACUAUUGUUUGGGUAGCAUUGCUACAUUGGGUGUAUAUCAUUAUUUUACGACAAUGAUUUAAACAUUUGACUACUAGCA